CUUCACGAGUCGAACGACGUGGUUCAUCGUUCGCCGAACACCGAUUGUCGCGGAGCAGUGUCGCGCAGAGGGUGGAAAGAAGGUGACAAGAUCCCGCGCCGGUGAAAGAGGACAAAAGGAGGGGACGCGCGCGGAUUACGUGAAAUAGAAAGGACCAGUGGUCAAAAGGAUCGCCCCGGGAAUCUGAUUGGUCGACGCUCGGCGUGGGAUCUCGCAGCCACCCUUAUAGAUCGCUGGAUCGUCGACGCGUUCCGCAGUCCGUCGAUCGAGAAGAUCGCUCGAUACAUCCUACGAAGAUUUUACGAGAAAAACAAACAUGUCAGGAACAACGUUCCUCUUCGUCGGUGCCCUUUGCUUCUUUGUUUCCACGGGGACCGGUCUGAGGAUCAAGCGCCAAACUGGUCCGGACGAGGGUGGACAUGUCAUUGACCACAUUUUCAACAUCCCGAUCACAGCGAUCAGACAGACUGCAGUCGCGGCGCAGGGUUUCGUUCCGGAAACUUCGCAGACGAUCGGCAACGUCCUGCAGAUUCCAAUAUCGACUCUCGAAGCGGUUGGAAAUCUAGUUAAAUCGACGUCGGGGCAAAGGGCGCAGAAUGCGGAAGAGUAUCAGCGAAUACGACAGGAAAGGAGGGACAGACUGGCGGCGCAGCGGGAACGACAGAGGCAGCAACGCGAUCAGAUACAACAGCAACGGUUGAAACAGCAGCAGACUAAAAGAACCAUCAAGUUUUCGAAUAAAGAUCCGUUCGGUUUGAACGCGCUGUCGAAUCUUCUGGUUGGUAAUCACGGUUUGUUCGGUAGUUAUGGUGGUCACGGUGGUCAUGGAGGGCACAUGGGUCAUGGUGGGCAUGGUGGUCAUGGUGGUAAUGGAAAUCAUGGCGUCCACGGAGGCCAGGGCAGCGUGAACAACGGCCAGCACACUUACGAGGUGCACGAGAACGUGGAAGAGGACACGUCGUACACGUGGCACGGACUCACCGCCGGUAUCGGAACGUAUCACGGGUCUCGGCCGACGAGCACGUUCACAACGAUACAGAACAAGAUCGCCCCGAAAGACAGGAAACCGAUCGUUUACAAUUACGAGAACAGGAUACAGGCUGAAGCCGCGCCGAACACUGGAGUGAACAACAGGCUAGAGUACGAGGAUCCUCCGAUAGAGAACAAAAUCGCCCCGAGGAGCAACAGGAUAAAGUUCGACUCGUGAAACGUGAAGAAACUGGGAAACGAAUUGAUGAAUCGCAAUAGUGUGCAUGAAAGACUUGUAGAGACAGUAUUAAGAGUUCUGAUUAUCUCGAUAAUUCGAGAGGUAAACGGUUAAAUUUGUUCUCGCGAUUUUCAACAGCUUGAAAUAUGUUGCGAAGAAGUUGUUUAGAAAAGAGGAUCUGUAGUAAUUGGAAAACUGGCAACCUUUCAUGACCUUCGAAUGUAUCGUUAAGGUCAUUCUUCCGUGUGUCUAGUACCUUUAACACUAGGUUUAAGUCAAUUUGACGUAGAUUGAA